AUGGCAGCAGAAGCCCCGCUGCUGUUUUACUUCGUGGCGUUCUCGCUUGCUGCUGAGCUGCUGCUGCUGCUGCUGCUGCUGCUGCUGCUGCUGGCCGUGCGGCUGCUGUGCGGGGCCGCGCGGGCCGAACACGCAGCAGCAGUCUGCGGACUCUGCCACAAAAGCCUCGAAGGAGUUAUUUACUUUUGCUGCGCGGGUUUCGGGGCCUUUUUGCUGCUGCUGCUGUCUGCUGCAGCGCCGGGGCAGCAGCAGCAGCAGCAGCAGCAGCAGCAGCAGUGGGUCUCGUACUUGGGCCAAAGGCGGCUCUUUGUCUGGGCCUUUGUGGGCCUCGAAGUGGCUCUUUGCUUCCUUUAUUGUCUCCAAACUAUUCCAACUCUUUUUGGAAUUUGCAAAUUUGCUUUUCAAAAACUUUACUUCAAACUUUCCGGCAGAGACGAACACCAGUGGAGGCCCCACGAGGUCUCGCUGGCCUACGCCCGCCUCGCCGACUACGACUACUCCCUGCGCCACAUGCACAACCCUGCUGCUGCUGCUGCUGCUGCUGCUGCUGCUGCUGCUGCUGCUGCUGCAGCAGACAGUUCCAGGGUGUACGUACACCCCGCGGAGCCAGACUCGCCCGCCGCUGCGCAGGCCAGGGAGAGGGAACAGGCCCUCCUGGACCAGAACAUCUGA